AUGGGAGGAUCUCACAGCCGCGAGGCCUUGGAGCUCUCCGAUUCCGACGAAGAAGAAGGGGGAGAACAACAACAACAACAAGACCAAGGAGGAACCGGUCACCGAUCGGGGGAAACCCUAACCCCGACCUACUCCCUCGACGAAGUGGAUCGGCAGCUUCAAUCCCUCAAACUCCAGUAUACUAAGCCCUACUCCUCGCCGUCUCCCUCCUCCCAGAACCCUAGCCCUACGAACUCUGUCAAGCUCUACCUCCACGUCGGCGGCAGUUCCCCCGCCGCCCGCUGGGUCCUCUCCGACAAGCUCGCCUCCUACGCUUUCUUUCGGCCCUCGCUCUCUGGCGACUCCGACGGCGAGGAUGAGAACCCGUCCUCCUCCCCUUGGUUCCUGCGGAUCGGCGCCAGGGUCCGCGUCAGGGUCGGUCCGGAGCUGCAGCUCAAGUCGUUGCCCGACCAGCGCCGCGUUGAUUUCGUCGCCGAUGGGGUGUGGGCCAUCAAAUUCCCCACGCUGGAAGGGUAUCGGGAGUUCCAGAAUCAGUACCAAAGCUGCCUCUUUGAGAACACCUACGGCUUUGCAGCGAACGAGGCGAACAAGGUGAAGGUGUUCGGAAAGGAUUUCAUGGCGUGGGUGCGACCAGAGGCAGAAGAAGAGAGCAUUUGGGGAGAUGCUGAAGAAUACUUUGAAAGCAGUCCUGGGCCGUUGGCUAUGCCGACCAGGGUCAACCAGGACUUGCUGGAGGAGUUCGAGGAGAAGGCCAAUGGAGGUGGGAUACAGAGCCUCGCACUUGGUGCACUUGACAACAGUUUCUUGGUGAGUGACUCUGGGAUCCAGGUUCUCAGGAACUUUAGCCAUGGGGUUCAUGGAAAGGGGAUUUCAGUGAAUAUUUCGAGAAGUGGUGGCCGAGCUGGCGGGUGUUCUACACCUAAGAAGGCACUUUUGAUGAAAGCAGAGACCAAUAUGUUGUUGAUGAGCCCAGCACAAGGGAAUUCCCGUGCAACUGGGCUUCAUCAGUUGGACAUUGAAACGGGGAAGGUUGUCACAGAGUGGAAGUUUGAGAAGGAUGGAACUAAUAUUACCAUGCAAGACAUAGCAAAUGAUAGCAAGGGUGCUCAGUUGGAUCCAUCAGAGUCCACCUUUUUGGGGUUGGAUGAUAAUACUCUUUGCCGCUGGGACUUGCGGGACCAAAGAGGGAUGGUCCAGAACAUUGCAAUUCAAAUGGAAUCCCCGGUGUUGCAGUGGAAGCAAGGUCACCAGUUCUCUAAAGGGACAAAUUUUCAGUGCUUUGCUACCACAGGUGAUGGUUCUAUUGUUGUGGGAUCUCUGAAUGGGAAGAUACGGUUAUACUCAGACGGUUCUAUGAGGGUGGCAAAGACUGCAUUCCCUGGACUUGGAUCACCGAUCACUCACGUGGAUGUUACUUUUGAUGGAAAGUGGGUAUUGGGCACAACAGACACAUACCUAAUACUUAUAAGCACAGUCUUUAAGGACAAAGAUGGAAGGGAGAUGACUGGAUUUAGUGGGAGAAGAGGUCACAGGAUUGCUGCUCCAAGAUUAUUGAAGCUUACUCCACUGGACUCGCAGCUGGCUGGCACCGACAAUAAGUUCCGUGGGGGACAGUUUUCAUGGGUGACUGACAAUGGUAAGCGGGAGAGGCAUCUGGUUGCGACUUUCGGCAAUUUUAGUGUCAUCUGGAACUUCCAGCAAGUAAAGGACAGCAACCACGAGUGCUACAAGAAUCAGGAAGGGCUGAAGAGCUGCUACUGCUACAAGAUCGUCCCCAAAGAUGAAUCCAUCGUGGACAGCCGCUUCAUGCACGAGAAGUUUGCGGUGAGCGACUCGCCGGAGGCACCUCUGGUCGUGGCAACCCCAAUGAAGGUGAGCUCUUUCAGUAUAUCAAGCGGCCGGCACUGACUUCCGACCCCUCUGCUGACCGCUGGAACCUCACGGAUUGUAUCGACUUGUACUAGUUCGCAUUACCUCUUACGAUCCUCUACUUUGGUGUCAUUCUUAUGUGAA